AUGGGCAAUACAGCGUCGCUUGACGCAGCAGGCGAGUCGCAGCUGACUGGGUUGGCGGCAGCGGCGUACCAGGGAGACGAAGGGCGGGCCAAGCGACUGAUCCGGAAGAAGGCAAAGGUGAACGGGACGGACAAGAACGGACGGACACCGCUGCACUGGGCGUGCACGCGGGGGCACCUGGGCAUGGUCCGACUGCUGCAGACGCAUGGCGCACGGAUGGAUGUGGAAGAUUGGGUCGAUGGCUCUACUCCGCUCAACAAUGCUGUUCACUCGGGAUCGGUGCCGACGGUCGAGUACCUGCUCGAGCGCGGCGCACCGGUGAACAAAGUCGAUACGCAGGCGCGAUCGGCGUUGCAUUUUGCUGCUCAUGGCGGCGAUGUUGAGAUGGGCAAGCUGCUUGUCUCGCACCGGGCCGAUCUGGACCCGGUCGACAAGCAAGGUCGAACGCCGCUGCAUUGGGCCGUCUUUGCCGGCCAUCAGGGCUUUAUCGAAAUGUUGCUCUCGUUUGGCGCAGAUGCCAAUGUGGCCGAUGAGUGCGGGCGAACGCCAACUAUCUACGCUGCGCAUCUUGGGCAUGCCUCGUGCCUGGAGGUCAUCAUCGAGGGCGGCGGCGACGGCCGUGCCGCCGACGAGCAGGGCAUGCGCGCGCUCGACCACGCCCGCCACAACAAACACCGCGCGUGUCUGGAGCUCCUCCGCAAGCUCGCCUUUCCGCUGCCUGGCGACGACAACUACGACGAAGAGGUCCGCCUGCUGAAGGAGGACGAGGCGUCCAAGUCGAAGCACAGCGGCACGACCAAGUCUGCCGAUCCAGGCCAGAGCGACGAGCUUACUGCUGCUGAAGCCGACGAUGGUGCCGUCUCCAACCUUGCGCUUGCCGUCGAUGUUGAUGUCGACGCGAGCGAGAGCCACGCCGUGACGCGCCGCCGCUCGCAGAGCAAGAGCAAGAGCAAGAGCAAGAGCAAGAGCAAGGAGAAGGACGUGAGUGGCGACGAGCCAGCAGAUAACAGCCCCACGUUGCGCAACAAGGCUGUGGCUGCGGAUGCGAGACCGGGCGAGCCGCGGUCGCCGGUCUCGCACCUCAAGGGCAACAAGGCGGCGAUGAUCAACUCGCCGCGGCGUGAGGCGAGCCCGGCGGGGACAUCACUUCUGGUGGCGCGGUCGCCGACGCCGCGCGUGCGGGCACCGAGCCCGGCUCAGAUCCGGCAAGCGCAGCUCGAGUCAUCAGGCGACGGAGUCAUGCUCUUUGAAGAUUUUUCCGACGAGUACGACGAUCUCGACAAUGUGGCCAUCACUGCGUCGGCGGCAGCGCCAGUAGCGGUGGUGGCGGCGGGGCCGGGAGCGAGCGGUGCUUCGCACGGCGUCAACGUCAUUGCCUCCGAGUCGAUGGACGCGCUUGACUUGCCGCCGCCGGACGGCGGUGCAUCGUCGGAUGGUGGAGCAGGCUUGCGAGUGUCACCGGUCGAGGCGCUGGUCACCCCGCGACCACACGAGCCGACUGCCGAGCCACCGGCUGAUGCGGUUGUUCCCAUCGCGAUCGACGUGGCGUCGGCCCAAGAGAACGUCGCCGCGCUGAGAGCCCGCGUCGACGAGCUGCAGACUUUACUUGCGGGCGAGCGGGCCAAGAACUCGGAGCUCCAGGCCGCGCUCGAAGACGCGCAGUGGGAGCGGAACAAGGCGCUCAGUGAGGCUGAGGCGAGCAAGGCCAAGCUGGCGACCGAGCUCGCGCGGAUCAAGGCGGUUAAGGCUGGGGCGGCGACUAGUCGCGAGGCGAGUGUGGCCGUCACCGCCGACGGUGUCCGCGCGCACCCGCUCUUUGUCGAGCUCGAGGAGCAGUACGCCGAACUGCUCGCCAGACACGACGAUUUGGAGGAGGCGUUCGAGGCUGCCCGAGUUGGUUGGGAGCUCGAGCGGUCCGGCCUUCAGGCCAAGGUCCUCAAUGCGGCCAAGGCCGACGGGCACGCUGAUCUGGUGAAGGAGAUGCGGAACUUGCAACGCGAGCUGGACGCGGCCGAGGACGCGCUGAAGGCACGGGAGGCGUCGGAGCGGGCGCUGCGGCGGCAGCUGAUGGCAUCGUCGCCGCCAUCGUCGCCAGCUGCCAGCGGUGACAGCGUCGCCAGGGUCUCACACGAUGUUGACCAGCUGCGCGAAGAGCUGGGGGCGGCACAGGCAGCGGCGGUUGAGGCCGACAUGGCGCUGUCAGCGCUCAAGGCCAAGUACGAGAAGGCCAAAGUCUCGGCAACAGAGCUCAAGUCUGCGUACACCUCGCUCAAAGUCAAGCACACGACCGAGGCUGAGACCGCGGCGGCGCAGAUCGCCAUGCUUGAGAGUGAGCUGCGGAGCAUGGCUGCUGGCGACGGCCGGGCCGCCGCAGACAAUAAGGUUGCGCUGCUGGAGCAGGUCCGCUCGCUACAGGAGCAGGUGACGGCGUCGUCGACUGCGCUUGCCGAAGCGCAAGCCAUGCACAAGCUGGAGCUCACCCAGGCCCGCGACGAGGCUGACGGCGCGCGGACCGACCUUGUUCUGGUCCGCGGCAAGCUUGAUGCGGCCAACGCCCAGCUCGCCAAGUAUGAGGCCGGCGAAGCCUCGUCGACCGCCGCUGUCGUCUCGCUCACCCGCGACAACGAGGAUCUGGCUGAGCAAGUGGCGGCGCUCAAAGAGGCCCAGGCGGCAGCGUCGACCCGCGCCAACGUUGGCGCUAUGCGCAAGCUCGCCGCCGCAAACGCGCAAAUCUCCGAGCUUGAGAACACGGUUGUGGCCGCCGAGCAUUCUGCCGAGCAAGCGACUGCAUCUGUCGCAACGCUGCGUGCUCGCGUGUCAGAGCUGGAAGCUGAGCUUGAGAAUGCCUCGCGGGCCGAGGCCGAGGUUCAGCAGGCGGCGGAAGUGGAGGCCGGGUUGCAGGCCGAGAUUGACGGGCUGAAGCGAAAGCUGGCGCGGGCCGAGGCCGAGGCUGAGCGUGUUGCCGAGCUAGAGGCGGAGCUCGACAAUGCCAAGGCGACGACCGGGCGUGGCAGCGAUGAUGACGACGGCGAGGUGGCCGAGCUCAAGGCUAAGAUUGGAGGUCUGGAGCGGAAGCUGGAGACCGAGCUCGAGCGCGGGGCCGAGGCCGAGGCCGAGGUUCGUACACUCAAGCGCAAGCUCGCACGGGCCGAGGCCGAGGCUGAGCGUGGCAGCGAUGAUGACGACGCCGAGCUCAAGGCUAAGAUUGGAGAUCUGGAGCGGAAGCUGGAGCGGGCUGACGCGCGAGCGGCCGAGCUGGAGACCGAGCUCGAGCGCGGGGCCGAGGCCGAGGCCGAGGUUCGUACACUCAAGCGCAAGCUCGCACGGGCCGAGGCCGAGGCUGAGCGUGUUGCCGAGCUAGAGGCGGAGCUCGACAAUGCCAAGGCGACGACCGGGCGUGGCAGCGAUGAUGACGACGGCGAGGUGGCCGAGCUCAAGGCUAAGAUUGGAGAUCUGGAGCGGAAGCUGGAGCGGGCUGACGCGCGAGCGGCCGAGCUGGAGACCGAGCUCGAGCGCGGAGCCGAGGCCGAGGCCGAGGUUCGUACACUCAAGCGCAAGCUCGCACGGGCCGAGGCCGAGGCUGAGCGUGUUGCCGAGCUAGAGGCGGAGCUCGACAAUGCCAAGGCGACGGCCGGGCGUGACAGCGAUGAUGACGACGGCGAGGUGGCCAAGCUCAAGGCUAAGAUUGGAGGUCUGGAGCGGAAGCUGGAGACCGAGCUCGAGCGCGGAGCCGAGGCCGAGGCCGAGGUUCGUACACUCAAGCGCAAGCUCGCACGGGCCGAGACCGAGGCUGGGCGUGGCAGCGAUGAUGACGACGGCGAGGUGGCCGAGCUCAAGGCUAAGAUUGGAGGUCUGGAGCGGAAGCUGGCGCGGGCUGACGCGCGAGCGGCCGAGCUGGAGACCGAGCUCGAGCGCGGGGCCGAGGCCGAGGCCGAGGUUCGUACACUCAAGCGCAAGCUCGCACGGGCCGAGGCCGAGGCUGAGCGUGUUGCCGAGCUAGAGGCGGAGCUCGACAAUGCCAAGGCGACGGCCGGGCGUGGCAGCGAUGCUGACGGCGGCGAGGUGGCCAAGCUCAAGGCUAAGAUUGGAGGUCUGGAGCGGAAGCUGGCGCGGGCUCAGGCCGAAUCGGCUAGCACCAGGGACAGUCUGGUCGCUGCCGAGGCCAACGUUCGCACGCUGAAUCGCAAGCUCGCACGCGCUUUGUCUGACACCGAGGUGGUGGCGACGCUAGAGCGCGAACUUGCUGCAACCCGGCGUGAGCUGUCGCAGGCUAAGGUCGCUGCCAAUCACGCAGAAGAGCUUGAGCGCCAGUUGGAGGCCACCCAAAACUUUAGCAGCGGCGAGCAAGAUAUGGCCGAGAUCCAGGCUGAGGUCCAUGUAGUUCGCCGAAAGCUUGCUCGCGCCGAGGCCGAGUUGGCGCGAGUCACCAGUGACGAGCAGGAGGCGCGCGCCGAGGCGCGGGCGGGUGCUGUCCGCGCCGCUGAACUCGAGUCGCAAAUUGCAUCGUUGGAGAGCUCUCUGGCCCGUGCCGAGGGCGCGCAGCGGGCCGCCGAAGCUCGGUUGCAUGACCAGCUGGAACACGAGGCCCACGCUGCCGCCGAGACGCUGCGUGGUGCUGCGUCUACUGACGCCACGGCCUCGUUGGAGGCGCUUACCGCAAAAUCAAGCGCGCUCAUGGCCGAGCUGCGGUCAGAGCUGGACAGUGCCAGGGCCUCGCUCGCCAAGCGUGAACUCGAGCUCCAGCGACUCCGCGCCGACCUGGACGGCACCCGGCUGCGGCUCGAGACAGAGACCAGCGCCCGAAAGACAGCCGAGGCCGAGGCCGACGCGGCGCGGCGCGAUGCCGACGCAUGCCGUACCCAGGCGCAAAAGCUCGAGCGGAGUGUGCUCUCGCUUGAGAAUUCUGCUGCACGGCACGAUUCCGGCGAUGGGCUCCGAAUGGCUCAUGCAGAGCAGAUGCGCGAGGCCCAAGCGGUAACCGAGCGUCUUGAAGCCGAUCUUGCCCGUGCGAGGACCGAGACUGUAUCUGCGCAGCGUGAAGUGUCCAGUCUUUGCGCUGACGCCGACGUGCUGCGGAUGCAGCUCGAGGCUGCUGAAGCAUCCGCCGCCACACUCCGGGGCGAGGUGAGCAAGGCCCGCAAGUCGGCACUUGCGGCACAGCAGGCGGCACAGAACUCGGAGCUGCAGCUUGCCGAGGCGGCGUUUACGUCGGCGAUGAGCGGCCGAGCCGUACCUGUUGUUACCGAGCGCUCACAAGAUCGUGCCGAGGCUGUCGCAGCCCGUGACGCUGCGCGCCGCGAUGUUUCGCGCGCCGAGGCUGCGCGCGCUGAUGCUGAGCUCGAGCGCGAUGCAGCGGUGGCCAAGGUUGGCGUGCUCGAGCGGACGCUGGCAAGCCUGCGGAAUCAGCUGAGCGAGGAGCAGGCGGCGCUGGCGCUGGAGCAGUCCAGAAGCGCAUCGCUCUCGGCUCGUGCCAGCUCGAUGUCAGCAGCUAACGCUACACUCCGUACCGAGCUCGCCGAGUCUGCGGCCACACCGCCAGGCGCGUCGCCAGACAAGGUACGGCUACUGGAGGCACAGCUCGCCGAGGCACGUGCGCGCGCCGACGCCAUCGAGUCUGCGGCGCUGCGCAAGUCGAUGGCCGCAGCGUCUGCGGCAGACUCGGCCCUGCAUCUCGCCGACACGCUCACUCACUCCAAGGCGCAGCUUCAGGAGCUGGUAGUCUCGCACGAGGGGACAAUUGCGUCGCUGAAGGCGGAGCUGGCGCUUGCCCAGACCCGCGGGCCGGCGUUGGUGUCGGCGUCGGAGCAGGCCAGCCGGACCCGACGUGCUGGUGCCACCACGGAGAGGCGAAUCUCCGAGCUUGAGCUUCAGCUUGAGCAUGCCAACACCCGCAUCGCGCACCUCACGGCGCACGUUGACCUCCUCGAGGCCGCGGCGGCAUCGCCAGUCAAGGCGGCGUCAACCCGUGUCGAGGCCGAGUCGCUAGCGGCAGCACGGGCGUCUGCUGCGUCGCUGAGGGCCGAGCGGGACGAGCUGGCGGCGUCGCUGGCGGCGUACCAGGCAGGCGCAACGACUGUGACCGAGGCGGCACGGCUGCGGUCCCAGCUCCAGUCGGAGAUUCGCAAUCACGCGGCGACCAAGUCAGAGCUCGCCGCAUUGCGGGCGACACUGACCUCGCUUGACGUCUCGUUUGCUGCCGACGAGGCGCGGACGCCGGCGCCUGCCCGGGCCGGAGGCGAUCCAGAGCUGGCGGCGGUGACGGCAAACACCCGGCAUGAGACUCAAAAGCUCUCGCUCUUACUGGAGCUCCUCGAGUCAACACGUGUUCAACUCGAUGCGGCAUGCGCGCGAUGCACCGAGCUCGAGGCACUCAACUCGAGCCUCAACGCGUCGCUGCUGGAAAAGAACAAGAAGAUUGGACACCUUGAGGCAGCCUGCGACGCGCUGCGGGAGCGAGUCCGCUCACUCACCGGCUCGCUCGCUUCGGCCGGUGAGACGUCGUCGCCGCUCUCGCCAACCAAGCACCGCAAGCUGCGUCAUUCCAAGACCCAGACCAAGUCGCGAACGGCCGAGCUGUAUCGCGAGUUGAGGGCCGAGCUUGCGGCAUCGUCGGCGGGGUCGAGCGGGCCCGAGGCUCUGCGAUCGGCGCCCGAGUCUGCCGACGUCGCUCACCUCCGCGCCGAGCUCACAGCGCUGCAGUCCAAGGUAGCGUCAACCGAGGCGCAUCUUGCCAACACGCAGCGGCAGUAUGCGCAUGGCAUCGAGGUUGUAGUUUCGGAGCUGGCAUCGCUCUCGACAGCUAUGGCCUCGGCGCCGAGUACAGCACAGACAUCGUCGCCGGGGCCGGACAUAUCCGCGCUGGCGGAGCAGAUUUCCGCGCUCCAAGCAACCCUCGAGGGCGCGCACAUUGCGUACCGUCCGUCACGCGGCCGCACCGGCUCAGACGCCGGCUCGGCGGCGUCGGCCGGGACGAUGCACCUCUCGGCGCUCGGAUGGAGUGCACCCAGGGAGGUGCAGACGGCGCGGUUUGCAAACACGUCCAACUUGCCGGACGCGUCUGCGCUGCCACUGCAUCACGCGGCGUUUGUGGGGGACAGCACCGCAGCGAGUGGAGCGCUGGCGCAUGUCCACGACCGCGACAACCUGGGGCGGACGCCGCUGCACUGGGCGGCACACGCCGGACACGCCGACGUGGCCAACCUCCUGCUCUCUGUUCCGGACGUCUUUGUCGACGCCCGGGACGCAUCUGGUAAGACUGCACUGUACUGGGCGGCGUAUCGUGGGCACGAAGGUGUGGUCGACGCGCUCCUCCAUGGCGGGGCGUCGCCGGAUUUGGCGUCGAAGAGCGGCGCUAGCCCGCUGCAAAAGGCGGCCCAGGCCGGUCAUGGCGCUGUUGUGCAGCUGCUGCUGCGGCACGGGGCAGAUCCAGCGCCGGUUGACCAUGCCGGGACGACGCCGCUUCACGCUGCUGUCCGGCGGGGCCAUCUCGGUGUUGUGGAGCAGCUGGUCGACGGCCUGCUGGGGCAAGCCGAGUACACACCGGCCGCCGGGCUCGACGCCCAGGACGCGCGCGGCGAGACAGCACUCCAUGCAGCGGCGCGUGGCGGCAACGUGCUUGCGGCGCAGAUCCUUGUCGGUGCCGGGGCGUCGACCCAUGUCCGGAGCAGCUCUGGACGGACGGCGGCCGAAGUGGCCGACGCGCACGGGCACACGCGGGUAAGCGCCAUGCUCUGACGCAGCUGGCAGCUGACGUUGUGUAUUGGGCGGGGCGCGGCUAUCAAUCACGAGCGACCGAUGAUGGUGCGGACUUCAUCGGCGUCGAGGGUCUCCUUCUCCAAGAGGGCGUCGGCGAGGAGGUCGAGCUCGUGGCGGUGCGAGAGCAGAAGUGACUUUGCGCGAGCGUACGACUCAGCGAGGAGGCGGGCGACCUCGUCCUCGAUGAGCGAGCGGAGGCGGGGCGAGGAGCCGAGCGCGGUGUCCUCGGCGAUAAACGUGGGCCAAGCUUGGGCGACAUGCCGUACUUUGUGACCAUCUUGUAGGCAACGUCUGUGGCCUUUUGCAGA